AGGACAAGCAUUAGCACUAAGGCAGGAGGAGCAGAAGAUUUGUCUUCAUCAAAAACUCAGCUUGCGCUUGUUCGACAAGAAGCCACUCCGGUAAUCAAAGCAUGUCGACGUCUAGCGCGUUCUUCUCCUUGCUCCAAAAGCGCAUCGAGAAGGUGGAUUCUCUUCUGUGCGUUGGCUUAGAUCCUCACCAAGCUGAGCUAGAGAAUCCAUCUGCGGAGGCUGCUGUUGCCUUUUGCGAGAAGCUCAUCAAAAACACCGAACAUGUGGCUUGUAGGUAAAAAGUCCCUACUUCCACUUACUUUCUGGAAACACCGAACACGUGGCUUAUAGGUAAGUCCCUAUUAAUUUCUGCCUACUUUUUGGAAACAUGGAGCAUGUGGCUUGUAGGUACGAAUAACUGAAACUGUAGUCGUGUAGUGGAGCAUUACGGGUCGAAUAGACUCAUACCACUGAGGAACUACUAUACAGCAAGUGUCACUUUUGUAAGUAUGUUGUAAGUUGUUUGGGGUUCUUCCUCUUACUCUUUUGCAUCUUCCCUAUUCUUCUUUUCUCCACAGCUACAAGCCCAACGCCGCCUUUUUUGAGCAGUUCGGAUCUCAAGGGUGGGCAGCGUUGGAGAAGGUAAAGGCGAUGAUUCCAGAGGAUAUUCCAAUAAUCUUUGAUUGCAAGCGCGGUGACAUCGGAAGCACGUCUGCGGCAUAUGCCAUAGGCAAUUUUCAACUGGGACAUUGCUUUAUGAAUGUUGGAUACGAUGUUUUAGUUUACCUUUUGGUGAAGGUUUAGGCCCUGCGGCGCUCAAAGCACUAAGUAAGACAACCGGUUGGCUUUCACCUCGACAAUAUUAGGUUUAUCUAGUGCAACAAUACCUUUGCUUCCGCAAUGUUGUACCAAUACUAGCCCUCCUCUGUGGCCUCUUUCAUCUCCUUGACGAUUUCCCCUUACCUUGGAGAAGAUGGCGUCACACCCUUCGUCGAUACAGCAGAAAAAGCGGCUUUCGUACUAUGCAAAACGUCCAAUCCAGGCAGCAACGACUUGCAGACGAUGAUGGUUGCUCCAUCAAAUUCAGCUGAAACUACUUAUGGCAUUGGAGCGGAACAGUCCAUCUGUUGGAAGCAUCUCAACAUUGGCGGGGCUUCUUCUCUCUACUGGCUUUCAGAGUUUCAGAAAAGUACAGUCCUCCGAAUAAGAUGGAUUCUAAGUAAGUAAGUAGAAGAUAGAUCUAAGUCCAACCCAUUCCGUUAUACAUGCAUGUCGCCGCUCUGUGCGAGAAAUGGUCCUCCAAACAUGGGAACAUAGGCUUAGUGGUUGGGGCUACGGAUACGAAAGCACUACAGGACAUCCGCGCAAAACACCCAGAUGUUUGGUUUUUUUAUGGUGUGGGGUGGUUCACAUAUUUAUGGUGUGUUUGGUUUUUUUAUGGUGGGUUUGGUUUUUUUAUGGUGAGCAAGGAGACAUCUAAUCCCAUUCUUGCUGUGAAGUGUCCUCAUUGUAAGUGAACUCCUCUAAUGCCUAUCCCCCGGCAUCGGUGCGCAAGGAGGAUCCUUGCGGGAAGCGUUGGUGGCUGGAUUAAAUGCACAGGGAACCGGGAUCAUAUUGCCGAUUUCGAGAGGCAUAUCAAAAGCAGAGGACCAGAAAGGAGCAGCCGAAGAGUUCCGAAAGCAGAUAAAUGAAGUGCGAUCAGAAAGGAGAUAGAUGAAGUCUGAGGCUUCUGUCAAUUGAAGUAGUGGGUAAUUCUUGGCAUAUUUAUCCUUGGCAUAUUGGCUUGGGCAUGGGGUUACUUUUUGCCGCAAAGAUAGACGCAGUUCCCCAUUAUCGACAACUACUUUUUCAAGACGAACUGUAAAGAGCUUUUUAAAUUUUGUAAAGUGCCUUUUCCUUUACGCGGCAUACGUAAG